AUGCCUGGCACAGAGAAUAUUGCUGGCGUUCAUUGGCGGUCCAAGUCGACCUUUAUUCUUACUACCGUGGCCUUCUGCCUAUUCACAGAUCUUUUCCUCUAUGCACUUGUGGUACCUAUACUUCCAUUCCUUCUGCAGGACAGACUCGGUCUUCCGGCCGAAGAUGUUCAGCCUUACACAUCGGGUCUACUUGCAGCAUACUCAGGAGCUUCGGUCUUGUUCUCAAUUCCUUCUGGGUGGAUUGCCGACAGGUACAGCUCGCGUAAGCCCACUUUCCUCGCUGGCUGGGUCUUUUUAGUUGCCGGCACUGCUCUGUUUGUCAUCGGCCAAAGCUUCACCAUCUUACUUCUUGCUCGAAUACUCCAGGGUAUGGCUGCCGCUGUCGUUUGGACUGUCGGGCUAGCCAUAGUUCAGGACAGUGUAGGCUCAGGCAAGCUGGGCCAGGCUAUUGGAGCUAUCUUCUCUGUUGUCACCACAGGUGAACUGAUAGCUCCAGCUUUGGGAGGUGUCCUGUAUGAUGCCGCUGGUAUGGAUGCAGUAUUCUGGCUCUCAGCAGCAACUCUUUCCAUUGAAUUGAUCUUGCUGUUACUUGUUGUUGAAUCCAAGACCUUGGUAGUAGAGCAGACCUGCCGUGCUCAGGACCAUGACGCAGAGUCAUCGCAAGCCAACGAAGAGACUCGCUUGCUACCAGCUAUACCUGAUGAUAAGUAUAGGAUUGAAGGGGAGGUUAGCAGUAUUAUUCGAGCACUUCCCAUUCUGUACUGCUUCCGUGAAACUAGGCUUCUUGUAGCUUUGGGUCUUACUGCCGUGCAAGGCUCCAUUCUUGGGGCUUUUGAUGCUACUAUACCGACAGAAGCGGCUGCUUUAUUUCACUUCUCCUCCUUUAAAGCUGGUCUUCUUUUCACGGCUCUCAUACUUCCCUACAUUGGUCUCGGUCCAGUGGCAGGUAUGGCCGCUGAUAAGUAUGGUACAAAGCUGGUGGCGACAUAUGGGUAUGCCCUCAUGACACCUUCUUUAGCCUUACUCGGUAUCCCUUCGCGAAGCUUUCUACCUGGCGUGGGUAACCUGGUACUGUUCUGUGUCAUCUUGAUGUUUAAUGGUGUUUCGCUCGGCAUUGUCAGCUCGCCAAGCUUUGUUGAUGCCAGUGAUCUCACUUCCAAAUAUGAGGCAGCAAACCCUGGAUUCUUUGGGGACAGUGGCCCAUAUGCUCAGAUCUUUGGCUUUAAUUCUCUUUGUUUCUUUCUUGGUCUUACUAUCGGCCCACUUGCGGGAGGGGCGAUAAGGGAUGCAUUUGGUUAUGAAUACAUGGGCCCUGCCUUUGCCCUGAUGUCUGGCAUUUCUGCUGUACUGGCACAUGCUUACAUUGGCCAAACACUUUAA